AUGACUUUCCGCUUUUAUACCAAAGCCUCGAAUUCAGUGGACAAAUUUCUGGCUACCCACAGUUGGAAGUUCGCAAAGCCAGUCUACGAUACAAAUGUUCACCCCAACGGCCUCCGCCGACGCGCCUCUGCACUUUCCGCCUAUCCCGGCCCGACCGUCUCAGACACAAUCGACGCACUUGAUCUGACUGACUACAAAGGCAAAGGAAUCACCGAUGAGCGCACCCAGCUCACAUGGCCACCCAACGGCCUACGCCGACGCACCUCCGCACUUUCCACCUAUCCAAGCCCUCCCAUCCCAGACACAAUCGACGCACUCGAUCUAGCUACUUACAACAACCCCCUCCAAUACGUGCGCACCCACAAGGCUCAUGGCAAACUCAAGCAGAAGAAGAACGCACGUCGUAUGAGCACUGAACACCGGAAGAACGGGCCUCCUGGUUGGUACUCGCCGGAUGCUUGA